AUGCGAAGUGGCACAGUUUUCUAUUCCUCAAAAGUGCUCAUUAUUCUCAUUCCUUCCAUCCUUCUUGACCUUGACUCUUCAUCUACAUUUGAAGUAGCAAAGCAAACAUUUAGUUUCUUAUCUUUAGGACUGCUAUUUAUUCUCAUUCCUUCCACCAUUCUUGAAAGAGGUGCAUCCAGGAGUGUCUGGCGUUUCAGAUAUGCAAUAACCCAGAAGGCUUUAUGCCUUGAAGUGGAUAACCAUACCCGUCAGACCCGCCGAUCAAGCUACUACCGGUUAUGUAGAUCCCCUGCACGCAUAGGGCGAGGCGAAUCCGCACGUGAGAACAACGGAAAUGGAAACGGAAAAACGGAGAUUGAAGGAUUACCAGGCUGUGCCGAGGACGGAGACACCGAUUGCGACGGCGAUGCCGAUGGCAGAAAAGGUGUAGGGCGAGAUCGCAACGAGUGCCCUGCUCCAAGAACUGGAAUGUGCCACCAUCGUCGCAGACAAAUUCCCGACACCCACAACCCAUUUGGUUCACUCCCUGCAACAUCUAAGACGAUGUCGUUUGAGCCGCGUUUGAUGUCAGACCCAAAACUCUGCAGGGCAAAACCCCAAUCUGUGUAUCAGUGA